AUGGCAACUCAAAUGGAUUUGUCUCAUGAAGAGUCGUUUCAAAUAGUCUUACAUUUUCUGGAAGCACACUUACCAGAAUCACUUCAAAUAUGGUCUUUACUCAAUUAUGUCCAACGAGGUUUGGUUGAUCGAAAGUAUUUCUGGCCACAUCAAUUAUUUGUCAAUGACCGAAAUUGUAUCAAAUGUAUUGUUUUCGUGUACUCUACUGUUGGAUUUAUGAGUGAUUCUCAUCUAUUACAUGAAGACAUAGCAUCAAGUGCCAGAAAUGUAACUUUUGUUUCAGAUGAAAACAACAAUGAGAUACUUAUAACAUUACUCGAACAAUGUAUGCCGUUGUUCAAUGUAAAAACAAUUUUUUUCUGCGAUAUCGCUCAUCGAUUCUCAACCAUUAUUGAAGAUUUCGCUCGAGACAAAAAUCUUGCGGGUGAUUUUAAAAUAUUUCCUUGUUUGCAAGUGGAACUCGAUCAGAAAACAUUAGAAGAGACAAAAAAACAAACUGGAUUGCAGUUACGAUCGGACAUUACCAUUCAACGUUUGUCAGCAACAGACGCAUCAUUGAUCGACGAGUUUUCGAUAUAUAAAUCCGACUUUUCUCUCGCUCAAAUUAGCUUUCAGAUUGAGCAUCUGCCAGCUUUUGGUGCGUAUUGUGAAGGGCGAUUGGUGAGUUGGUGUUUGACACAAUUCGAUGGUUCUUUUGGAAUGGUAUUCACUAUGCCGGAAUUUCGUCGACUCGGCCUCGCAGCACUCUUGAAUAUCGAAUUAGCCUCAGAAUUAUUCAAAAUGCAAGAUCGUGUUUUCUGCUUCAUAGUGCGCGAGAAUCAAGCUUCUUUUAAGCUGUUCGAAAAAUUGGGUUAUCACCAAACAUGUGCUGUUGAUUGGAUUCAAUUAGUAUCGAAAUAA